UGCGCUUCCUCUUCCCGCGCCGCCCCGCUCCUGAAGUGCUCGGUUCUUCGGAUCGAAGCUAAGGCCGAGUUCGUCCCGGCGACUAGCACUGUUGGAUCGCGUACACCCCCACCCCCCCACCACCCCACCACCUCUCGGACAGCCAUGGCCUCCACCUCGGAACUCGCCUGUAUCUACAGCGCACUCAUCCUGCACGACGACGAGGUCACCGUCACCGAAGACAAACUCAAUGCUCUGAUCAAAACAGCUGGAGUAACUGUUGAGCCUUUCUGGCCUAGUCUAUUUGCCAAGGCUUUGGCUAAUAUUGACAUCAGCAGUUUGAUCUGCAGUGUUGGUGCUGGUGGUAGUGCUCCAGCUGUAGCAGCUGUUUCCACUGCUGCCCCUGUUGCUGUGGAAGAGAAAAAGGAAGAGAAGAAACAGGAAGAGUCGGAAGAGUCUGAUGAUGACAUGGGCUUUGGUCUUUUUGACUAAAUGUAACAUGUGACAUUUGUUACAAUUUAAAAACAAAUAAAAACUGAUCACACUUUU